UUCCGCCCACCGAGAAGAAGAAAAUAGCUGUAAGAAAAUGAGCAACGGACCAAAUGUUUGUUUGCCUUAAGCAGAAAUCUCAGCUAUUUCACCGGAAUCCAACAUUUAUCUCCAGAGGAUUAUUUUCUUCAUUCGUCUCUUCUUCGGUUGAUGAGUGGCUGUGGAUGAUGAUGAUUUCCUGAUCUUUCACCUCACAGUCCAACCAAUCACAACAUGAACCACACGCCCAGUCCCCACCUGUCUGAUGGCAGCAAGUCCACAGGAGGUGGCCUAUUGUGCAGCCUGGGCAUGGGUUCUGACAGCGGGAUCCGUUCGCCAGAAAGCCUUAUCCAUACCCCCAGCCCGAAUGGAGGGACCCCCAGCUCCAGCCCUCCACUGCUGCUGUCACCUGGGCUUGGAGGCCUGGGCCUGGGAGCCUUGGGAGUGAUGGGGGAGGCAGCUGGGGCAGACUGGGAGAGCAGGGAAGAGCUGAGACUCAGGGAACUAGAGGAAGCACGGGCCAGAGCAGCUCAGAUGGAGAAAACCAUGCGCUGGUGGUCUGAUUGCACGGCCAACUGGAGAGAGAAAUGGAGCAAGGUUCGCGGAGAGCGUAACCGUGCACGUGAUGAAGUCCGCCAAUUGAGGCAGAGGUUGGACGCUGUCACCAAGGAGCUGACGAGCGUACGCAGAGAACGUCAGGAACUGGCGUCAGAGGUGGAGGUGCUGAAACAGGAUCUUCGCAGUGAUAGCACCGCUCCUCCUCCAGCCACCAGUUCGUCGUCUUCCUCACCUGCGCACCAUCUCUGUGCUGCUUCCGCCUCUUCCUCUCCAUCCGUUGCGCCGCCCUCCCCCGCCUUCUCCACCUCGCAAGUCCACACUGACUGUAAGUUGGACAGGUUAGAAGGGGGGCCACCUGGGUCUCCAGAGCCAGAACCAGUGAGGGACAUGGACAUGAACACACAGAAAAUAGGUCAACAAAAGCAGGAAAUGGAGCUUCUUCAGUCUGUGCUGCAUUUACGAGCGUCAGGUAGCGACACGCAAGAGUCAUGGGACGGUGUGAGCGGCAACGGCAUGAACCUGCCCGGCACUCGUUCGUCCUCAGCGUUGAGCCGGCAGGAACGUAACAGGCAGCUGUGGGGGGACAUGAGCGCCACAGAGGACGAGUCCAGCAAACUCAACGCCUUGCAGCUUCGCCUGGAUGAGUCCCAGAAAGUCUUGCUGAAAGAGAGAGAAGACAAGCUGGCUUUGAGUAAGAGCAUCGAGAAGCUGGAGGCUGAGCUCAGUCAGUGGAAGCUUAAGUAUGAGGAGCUGAGCAAAAAUAAACAGGAAGUCCUCAAACAGCUGAAUCUACUGAAGGAAAUGCAUCAGGAUGAGCUUGGUCGCAUAUCUGAAGACCUGGAGGAUGAACUUGGAGCUCGUACCAAUAUGGACAAGAAACUAGCUGAAUUACGAACUGAGAUGGAGAGGCUGCAAGUGGAGAAUGCAGCAGAAUGGGGUCGGAGAGAGCGCUUGGAGACAGAGAAACUGGCACUGGAGAGGGACAACAAGAAGCUCAGGGCACAGGCUGAAGACCUGGAAGAACAACUUACAAAGAAACGCCGUCAGGCUGCGUCGGCCAUCGACACGGACCUAAAGGCAAUGCAGAUUGAGUUGUUUGAAAAAAACAAGGAGCUGGCUGACCUUCGCCACAUUCAUGCAAAGCUGAAGAAGCAGUUCCAGGAGAAGACAGCAGAGCUCGCCCAUGCCAACAGACGGGUGGAGAGCCAUGAGGCAGAAGUCAAAAAGCUACGCCUGCGAGUGGAAGAACUAAAAAAAGAAUUAGGACAGGCAGAAGAUGAGCUGGAUGAGUCCCAUAACCUGGCAAGAAAACUGCAAAGGUCUUUGGAUGAACAGGUUGAGCAGACCGAAAAUCUGCAAGUACAAUUGGAACAUUUACAGUCCAGACUGCGGCGGCAGCAGCUGAGUCCUGGGUUGUUUGGGAAGAUGCGAUCGGCUCGGUUCAGCCCCGAUGUUCCCGACGGUCCCACUAGCGACAUGGAUGACGAAGAGGAGCAACUGCAGCUCCAGAUCCCUGGAUGACACUCGUGCGCACAUGCAGUGUAGAAAAUCGACCAAAAUGACCCGAAAGAGCGUCAUCUUGCUGCUGUCUGCAAGAAAAAACGGCAACCACGGCUAGCUCAGUACACCGUUGGAUACUGAUUGGUCCUGGUUCCGAAAAAAAAUGUACAGUUUUGUCUCUGAAGUGAUUUUACAGAACUUAAUAUUCUGCCUCUUUUACAACAAACAUCAGAAUAAAACCAAAAUUCAGUUGCUAUUCCAGGCUAUCUCAAAGAAGACGCUUCUGGGGGGGCAAUUAUGAACUUUAUGAACAUUUGUGUGAACAUUCUCCAUCAGAGUAGAAGCAGAUCUACCUAAUUGUUCAAAUACUACUUCAUAAUAGUAUUAUAUUAUUUACAUAUAGACAGUCCCACUCCCAUUCAGACAUAAAUUACUGUGCAAAAGUCUUACUGUAGGUAAGGAAGGGAGGAUCAUGAGGGUGAUCCUGGAUGGGCCUAGGUCUUAAUCAAGAAUCUCCAAAUGUUUGUCUGGGCUGGGCUGGUAUUGAUUCAUUGAAGCUAUGCUACAAAUACAAUCUCAACAGUUCUCAAGACAUUUGCAAGAAGGUCUGACUCCCUCACGUUCUGACUCCCUGGUCUCGUCCUGCCCAAGCGACAACAGGUAGGAGCAAUCCUUCCAUUUUUGUCUUGGCUUUGGUUCCCAUGGGCAGCUUGACCUCAUCCUUUGGAUCUGGUAUUUCCCCUUCGUUGAAAAGUUCCUACAACACUUGUCGAAACCUCAUAUGGUGUACUGUCUAGCAUGUGAGAUGUCCAGUCUGACCUAUGUGACCGAUGGGUUAACUAUUUCUUAGGCAAACAAGCAACUCCAUUAGAGGUUAUACAAGUCUAUCCCACAAGUGUACAGUAGAACGGAACCCCCACGAAUGGCAAAAAAUGUAUUGAUACACCCAUAAAAAUGUCUGGUUUUGACACACGGCUCGCUCUUCCCCCUCCAAACCCUCCUGUUAGCUUGACGUUGACCUCCAAUUUCAGAUCAACAUUUGCAAUAAAAGUGACUGUUGUAAUUAUUAAAUUAGAUUCAGCUUCAGAGCCCUCCCCUUCUCUCAACACAAUCCAGGUUUAAACCCUCCCUGAAGAUGCCUCACGCACUUAUUAAACACAUUUCAUGUAUAAAACGUAUAGCUGCUCACCACAAACUGUCGAGUUUGUCGUCUAUUUGGUGGAUUAAGCUGGCAGCGUCUGCGACAGCUUCACAGCACAACAGCUAUGGUGCAACCGAGGACCGCCAAACAAAGUGCGAAAUCUCAACGCUUGAGGAAAAGACAUUUUCAGUGAAGCAUAAAGGCAGGCAUGUAAAAAUGAUGGGCUUUCUAACAGAGGUACAUGUAUUCUAUGCCUCUCACCUGUAUUAUUAGUGGUGUCCCGAUACAAAUUUGCCACCUCCGAUCCAAUACUGAUGUCGCAGCCUUGAAUAUCAGCCGAUACCGAUAUCAGCGCAAAUUAUUAAUUCUUUUACUACAUAUUUUGUAGUGCGGAAUGUUCGAAAACGCUUGAUCAAGUGAUAUUACUCAAACAGAGAUCUGAUACUUGAUUUUUAAUGACAUUGGCCCCAUUAUUAUGUAAUAUUAUCACAUAUUUAUAUAUUACUGUUGAUUUAUGAAUGAGAUGGGUUUUCUGUGGAAAAAAGGGCCUAUUUUCAGAUUUAAAAAAUUAAAAUACUAUAAAAAAAAUUGUUUUUGAACAAAAAUCUGCAAAUUUGUGAAUGCUGAAAAGGAUUCACUGUAGUAUAAAGUAGUUAGCAUGCAAAGACAUUCAUUCCAUCAAGUGUUUUAUAUUCUAGCAUGCAAAUAAAUGAUUGAAAAUAUUCCCUUUUGACACAGUAAAACACAAUAAACAGGAUUACAGAAAGAAAGUAAAGUAAAACAAUCAUUUUCAACCAAACUUUGUGGAGGGGACGGAUCAGUUAAAUAUUAGUGAGGGACUGUAUCAAGGUGCGGAUUUUGAAUAUUAUAGUUUGAGUCAGUAUGGCAUCAAGGAACAGUAUCAUCAUCAAUAAUCACCCUCGUCUGGUCCAUCCACUAGGAAGUAGCAUGACUGCUCGCUAACAGAUAACACAAGUACACCCAUGGUGGUGGUCGGCACUCGACAGAGUUAAACACAACACAUCUCAUGGUGGCUUAAGACUUUUGCACAGUACUUUUGAUACUUUUACUGUUUUUUUUGCCAGUCGAGUGACGUUUGGUGUUUUGACGCCUUCACAAUACUCCUGAAUGUUGUGUCUGGAACAAAAGUGUAUUGUUGUUGUUGUUGGGUUUUUGUAUAUCUAUUUUGUUUUAUGAAAGCGUACCUUGUUAAAUUAUACACACAGCAAUGAUUGCAUUUGUUAUUGAUAAAUCUUAUAUAAGCACACAUGAAAAAAGAAAUAACAUUGUCCUGUAUAACCGAUUAUUUUAUACUAACAUGUGCAACGUUCCCACUCAAAACUAAAUUUAAAAACUCUUUUUUUCAUGUUAGAUUAGAAUUCGUUUUAAUGAAUCGUUUUAUAGUAAAUUGAUGGGGGAUAAAGUAUACCACAGACCAAAUGGGCUGCAUUUCUGAUGGUUUUUUUUUUCUAAAACACUACUAAUGUCAAACAUCUGUGAUGUUAUAUAUAUAUUAAUGAAAAUAAACAGUGACAUUUGAGUGGUUUGUUAAC